AUGAAGGCUGUGAUUAUUGUCUUACAUGGAACGGUCCUCCCACGACGCGAGUUCCCCAGCCUGUUCCUGACCCCUCAGAGGCCGAUGCACUACAUGGAUGUAAAUGUGACACCAACACAUACAGAAAGUGGAGAGGAAAGAGAAGCCGAUGACUGGCAACCAAGGGCGAAUAUAUUGUUUAAUGAAGAUUCCAUUUCCUUAGAUCAGCAAGAGUCAGUUACAAAAUUUUCAGAUAAGUAUUAUGUCAAAAGGGAAUUUGUAGCUAACUACGUUCAACAUCUGACCGACCUUCGUCAUGCUAAAGAUAUUCGAGCAAGGCAGAGAGUCAGAGAUAAGACAGAAAGAGAAGGCAAAUCUUACGAUGAUUAUAACUGGUUAGACUUAGUGGUGAACAGGAAACUGAUAAACCUGAAAGUUGUGGAAUUAAACAAAUACCUUGACAAAAACAAACUGAGCAAAAAAGGGAAAAAGACUGACAAGUUAAAUGCUAUUACUGUGGAUGUGCUUAGAAAAAAGCAAACUGAUGCUAUUGAGACGGCGAUUGAAGAAACUGGAUCUGAUAAUAAUAUUAGUGAUAUAAAUAGUGACAGUGACGGAGACCUUAUCUUAGAAGAGCUUGGGGAUGACACUGAGAGUGAAAGUGAAGUUGAAGAAGGUGAGUAGAUCCCGGAUGUUGAACCUCUUCCAUGGGUAGUGACAACUCGCUAUGGACGCCAUGCAGGACAUUGGAAUUUGUUUCAGCUAAAAUGAUUACUUCAUUUUCAUGUAUUAUAUUGUAUAUAGUAACAAAAUUGUAUAAAACUAUUAAAAAAAUGAGGGAGUGCUUAAUGCAAUAUAAAUGUUUAAUUUAAUAAGGGAAAAUCGAAUUUUAUUGGUUGUUAUAAAAGGGUUUAUAACUAUUUGGUGGGGUAAUUUUUUUUCACCUUAAAAGUGGGGUAAAAAAAAUUUAGCCACAAAAAAG